UUUACCAAAAAAAGUAAUUUUUUUGCGACUGUUGAACACGAUCAAGGUGAACACUAGACAAUUGGCUGUAUACAGAAUUUAUUAAUCAAUUUCUGUAGCAAUUUUAACUUUCUAUUUAUCUGUAUAUGACAACCAUAAAAUCUCAUUACUUUAGCUUAGGGGGAAGAAAAAAGAAGAAGCGAAAAUGGUAAGCUGGAUGAAAAUGGAAUCUGAGUUCCCAAAUCCCAGAAUUUCUUGCUUUUUGAUUCUUUUAUCCUUUCCUUAGCUUUGAUCUAUAUUUGAUGAGAUUGAUUUUACUUAAAUUCGUGGACCAUAAUAGGAAAUAUGGUAGGUGAAGCAGAAAGGAAAUAUCUUGGUCACCUAACCCUGUUUAUGGCCGGUCCGGGCUGCCGAAGUUAACCCUUUUUAGUUUUGAAAAAAAGAAAAAGAAAAAGAAGGUUGAACCCCAACCUUUUCGUCGAUACCACCCACAACGAAUCGUCGGCCACACAAUUCCCAGUCAUGAACCAUCACUGCAACGGCCUACACCACACUCUUCAACACCAACCGCAUCUCACCCAAUUUUACCCUGUCGCCACCGAUUAACUACUGCAUCGUCGUCGACAGCUCCAAGUCGCCAACAAACUACACAGCUACCACUUUUUGCUGUCACACCCAAAGACUCAAUUCUCCGAUUGCUGCUUCAAUUUCUUUGGUACCUAUUUCAUCCCACUUCUCCGGCUACUUCAUUCCACGGGUAAGCGGCGACUUUUCGAGGCGGAGGAGACGGUGGCGCUGGAGUCGCAGACCAUUGAACAGAUGAUCGAGAACGUUGUGCCGACACUGAUAUACCUCUCCCCAAUAAUACCUCCAAGAUCAUGGCUAAAUUCAUUGAGUACUGUACGCGCCAUGUUGAAGCCACCGCUGAUGGUAUGCCUGCAACUACCGAUAGGGUAGCUGAUGAGGGCCUCAAGGCGUUCGACUUUGUGAAAAGGUUCUUGAAUGCUGGAAUUUUCGGGAAUGGGAUAGAGUCUUGUCACACACUGCCACAUUCAGCAACAAGAGCAGCUAUGCUCGUGAGAAUCAACACCCUUCUUCAAGGAUAUUCUGGCAUCAGAUUUGAAAUUUUGGAAGCUAUAACCAAGUUUCUUAACCACAACAUCACGCCGUGCUUACCCCUCCGUGGCACGAUCUCAUCCUCAGGUGAUCUUGUUCCGUUGUCCUACAUUGCUGGUAUGUUGACAGGGCGGCCUAAUUCUAAGGCUGUUGGACCUACGGGAGAAACUCUAAAUGCCAAGGAAGCCUUUAAACUUGCUGGUGUAGAUGGAGAUUUUUUUGAGUUGCAGCCCAAGGAAGGCCUUGCACUAGUUAAUGGAACGGCUGUUGGUUCUGGCUUGGCUUCAAUUGUUCUUUAUGAAGCUAAUGUACUCACAGUGUUUUCCGAAGUUCUGUCAGCAAUUUUUGCUGAAGUUAUGAAUGGGAAGCCUGAAUUCACUGACCAUUUGACGCACAAACUAAAGCACCAUCCUGGGCAGAUUGAGGCUGCUGCUAUAAUGGAACAUAUUUUGGAUGGUAGUUCUUAUGUGAAGGCAGCUCAAAAGCUACACGAGAUGGAUCCCUUGCAGAAGCCAAAACAGGAUCGAUAUGCUCUUCGAACAUCACCUCAGUGGCUCGGCCCACAGAUAGAGGUCAUUCGUUCAGCGACAAAGAUGAUCGAAAGGGAGAUCAACUCGGUUAAUGAUAACCCCUUGAUUGAUGUUUCGAGGAACAAGGCAUUGCACGGUGGUAAUUUCCAGGGUACGCCUAUUGGAGUCUCCAUGGACAAUGCUAGAUUGGCCAUUGCAUCAAUUGGAAAGUUGUUGUUUGCUCAAUUUUCCGAGCUUGUCAAUGAUUUCUACAACAAUGGCUUGCCUUCAAAUCUCUCAGGUGGACGAAACCCGAGUUUGGACUACGGCUUCAAAGGUGCUGAAAUAGCUAUGGCUUCGUACUGUUCCGAGCUCCAAUUUUUAGCAAAUCCAGUCACAAACCAUGUCCAAAGUGCUGAGCAGCACAACCAAGACGUUAAUUCCUUGGGUUUAAUCUCUUCUAGAAAGACAGCUGAAGCAGUCGAUAUCUUGAAACUCAUGUUGUCUACAUAUCUGGUGGCGCUAUGCCAAGCAAUAGAUUUGAGACACUUGGAGGAGAACCUUAGAAACACUGUCAAGAACACCGUGAGUCAAGUAGCUAAACGAACUCUAACAACUGGUGCCCAUGGCGAACUUCAUCCAUCAAGGUUCUGUGAGAAGGAUUUGCUUCGGGUGGUGGAUCGUGAAUACGUGUUUACUUAUAUCGACGACCCUUGCAGCUCAACCUACCCGUUGAUGCAAAAACUGAGGCAAGUCCUUGUUGAGCAUGCACUUAAAAACAGCGAAAACGAGAAGAAUGUUAGCACUUCCAUUUUCCAUAAGAUUGAAGCUUUUGAAGAUGAAAUAAAGGCCCUUCUGCCUAAAGAAGUUGAGAGUUCAAGAGUAGCCUUGGAGAGUGGAAAUCCGGCCAUUCCCAACCAGAUUAAGGAGUGCCGGUCUUAUCCACUAUACAAAUUUGUCAGAGAAGAGCUGGGAAUGGGGUUGUUGACUGGAGAGAGUGUAGCCUCCCCGGGCGAAGUUUUCGACAAGGUAUUCACAGCAAUGAGCAAGGGACUGAUGAUUGAUCCAUUAUUGGAGUGCCUCAAGGGCUGGAAUGGUGCUCCUCUUCCAAUCUGUUAGUUUGAUAAUUUUUUCACUUUAUACGGCAAUGGAAAAUCUUCUAGUUUUUCUCUGUUUAUGUGUGCUGGAAUGUAUUAUGUCUGUACCGUGAAAUAAAAUAUAAAAUACAUUUAUCAUGUUUCUAUUCA